AGGCCAUUCCUCAUCCUCCUCCCCGUCGCGUCCAGCCAAGAACAGCGCCCUUCCACCGCCCGAGUACGCGGUGUAGCGCUCCUACAUCCACUAGCCCGGAAAGCCGUCGGGUUGUUAGAUCGGAUUGAUCCAAUAUGGGAACACGGGGACAAUAUAUCUCCGAUUCAGGUGCAAGUACUGCAAGAAACAGUGGAAGGGGGUGGUGCUACACGUUUCAAGCAACACAAUGCAUCGCUUGGGAGGAAUGUGCAUGGUUGUCGUAAUGUUUCGCUAGACAUUGCCUUUACUUUCGGCGUGAGAUUGACAAGGUCGCAGGCCGCAUUUGCAGGAUUAUUUCACAAAGUUCAAGGAUGAUUGGCCAACAUAUGAACCUACCAUCAUGUGCGACUCAUGGACAGGACCAACCCAAAAGUGAGCGAUUAAUUUCAUGUUAUUUUGCAAUGGUGUUAUGUUCUUCCACAAAUCAAUUGAUGCAACUGGUAAAUUUCAAGAUGCGAACUAUUUACACAAGGUAAUUUCAUUAAUCGUUUUAUGUCUGUAUUUGUAUCUUCGAUGUUGUUUGUGAACUAUAAAACAAUGCCAUGUAAUGUAUUUGAACUGUUAAAUAUUGUUAUUGGACUUUUGUUCAAAUUAUGGGACUUCAAUGUGAUUUAUUUGCAAAAAAACAUAUACCUGAGUUUCUGCAUCAGUGCCGCCAGUUUAUCUGGUCAGGAGCCGAUUAAUCGGUCUUAUCGGUUGACUAAUCGGUUUUAAAUUGUUUAGAAUUCAAACUAGGUUGACUUUAAUUUCUAUUGGUUUUCGUCGAUUUAUCGUGGUUUACAGAUUAUCGAUGGACACCGGUUUGUGUGUCCUCAAUCCGGUUUGGUGAACUCUGAUCCUCUAAAGAUUUUACAGAUUUCCGUAGCAGUACUUGUUGCUUGAAUCCACAUUUUCUUCAAAGGUACGUUUAGACUGUGUCAUUUAAAAAAUUGUUUUGUCCUGUUUAACAAUAUAAAUUGCAACAUUUAUAAAGAUAACCUUAUAACAGAGGAAGAGCAAUGGAAAUCACAUGGGUCACGUCUAUCUACAAUCUACUAGACUACUACUGUACGCCUGUAUGGCUGUAUCGUACACCCUAGGUGCGUGUGCGUACUUGUUGCAGUAAUACACAAGUCACCACUAUAUCACUCUCUACAAGCCCACUACUGCUCCUGCCACUCCUACUAUACAGUAUACACUGCCCAGUUGCGCUAGUGUAGCGUAGGAAUACUGUAGGCGAUGAUCGACGGUCCACUGUGCCCAGCCCUCGACAAGUCUCAGUCGCUUCAUGCACGUCGCGGUGCCAGUCUCGUUGCUCCUGCUCCCUUAUCCUGCAAAGCUGAAAGCUGCAAGGCCUGCAGAUCACUUCCAGUCUUCAAAAGUACAGUUCGCGAAAGUUGAAACGAGCGAGCGACGAACCGAACCAACCAACCGGCGGUGGCCACGUAGCCCCCCCUGACACAAAGACAAAGCUACCUAGAAGCUAGCCCGUGGAGCGGCUAGACUACUAGACUAUCAUGUCUCGGUACUGCGUCAACGAGCAGUCGAGCACCCGGCCUCAUCCUGCCUCGGCAGGCAGUUGGCACGGCAGCACCCCAGCAGGCAGCAGCCCCUCCAAUUUAAAGCAAGCAACGACGGGCAAAGAGCAGCUCGGCGGGGGCUGCUGCAGCGCCGCGCGUUUGCGAGUCCGGGACGACGACAUGGGGAGGGGCCGCAGCGAGAUAAAGCGGAUCGAGAACCCGACGCAGCGGCAGUCCACCUUCUACAAGCGCAGGGACGGGCUCUUCAAGAAGGCAAGGGAGCUCGCCGUCCUGUGCGACGUCGACCUGCUGCUGCUCCUCUUCUCCGGCUCCGGGAAGCUGUACCACUACCUCUCGCCCACCGUGCCCACGUACUGUCAAGGACCUGGUCGAGAGGUACGAGGCCGCGACGCACAGCAAGGUCUGGGCCGACGUUCGCCAGGAGCGGCGCGCGGAGCUGGAGAAGGCGGAGCGGAUGUGCGAGCUCAUGGAGAAGGAGCUGCGGUUCAUGACGGUGGACGACGGGGAGCAGUACACGGUGCCGUCGCUGGAGCUGCUGGAGCACAGCCUGGAGGCGGCCGUGCACAGGGUGCGCUCCGAGAAGGACCGCAAGAUCGGCGGCGAGAUCGACUGCCUCCAGAACAUUAUCAGAGGACGCCACGAGGAGCGCUACGGGUUGUGCGACAAGAACUUCUUGCAAAUUUGGCCGCAGCUUGCUCAUUCUCAGGCCUGGAACAACGGCGGGGAAGGUGGAGGGUCGACCCCACCAAGCGGCGGCGGCGGCCUGGAACUCAAACUGGGUUUCAACUGACGCUGGCUGGCUUGGAAGCUCGAGGAUGGAUCGAAGACUAUGAGCUCCUUCAUUGUGCCCUGUCAGGCUACCUACCCCUGCACCCUGUUGGUUAUGGUUUAAAAUGGUUAUUGACCAAAGUUGUCCUGCAUCAAACAAGGCUCAGCUUGAUGUUAAUGUGCUGAGGGAUCUAAUGUAUUAUUAGCGUUAUCCAGCUCUUGUUUACGUGCUCCAUCUCAAUCCAUGCACGUUAGGAUGGAUUGUCUAAUCUAGUUCAAAUUUCGUAUCAAUCUAUUCCAUCCCAUACAAAUUAAUCCAUGUGGAUUGGGUGGUAUUGAGUCGGUUUAAUUCUAUAGCAAGUCAAAAUCCAUCCCAAUCCAUCCCAAUACACACCAAUACACAUGGAAUUGAAAUAA